GUAUAGUGUGAAGACUUUCUGUUCUAUCUAUAAAAUGAUGAACAAAGAAAACCUGCCAUUUAUUUCAAUGAAAUGGAUUGUUUUCGUUUAUGGCCACUGAAAAUGUCAUACAAAUGUCACAAUUAUUUAUUAAGUGACUGAAAUUCGCUUAUAAUAAUCUAUGACAGGUCAGAAAUAAUUGAAUUAUGUUCAAAAUGUUUACAUUUAAAAUACAGAACCUGUUUAGGAAGAUAUCUUAGAUACACUGUAUGACUAAAUUUCCACUACUAUCCAUUACAUUUGCUUCCAUUUGAAAGUGGAUACUUCAUUUUUAAAAUCAACCGAUGGGCUUAUUAACGUUAACUCAUUUAUAUUUUGGAACUAGAAAUAUUAAUUUGUUUUCUGGAUGAUAAUUUAUUUUCCAUUUUAUUAGUCGUCAUAUAAAUGAGUAUAUUUCGAAACUUGAAUAAUCUAUUCCUGCACCAUUUUUAAUCGUGGUAAUUUUUGUUGAUUCGAUUGGAUUACUAUGUGCUACUAUUGGAAUAAUUGGAAUAAUUGUGAACAAAAAUCUUAAUCACAACUAUAUUACUUAUUGAUAUUCAGUAACAUUACUGCAACCAAAUAAAAUAAUUUAGUGUUUAUAAAUGGUCGAAAAUUAUAUUAACUAAGCGAAAAAUGUUUGAGAAUUUUACGUAUAUGAUACAUGGAUCCCGUUUAAUAACGAACAUUAAACGUGAUUUCAUUAAAGCAUAAUCCAGUGUCGUUAUAAAACUUAAGCAACUAUUUUUUUCAUUAAAAGAUGAGUAGAUUUACACAAAACUUUCAGUAGGUACUUGUUAUGAAUGUAAAAUGGAUACAAUUAAUGAAACAGUAAACAUGGUAAUAUUUCACAAACUCAUAUGCUCUUAUUCUGUUUACUUAAGUUAGUCUUGUCAACCAACAAAAUAAUCCUGUUUAUUAUCAGCUCUCUCAUAAAAUCUUUAAUUCAUGUAUCAUAAAAAAACACAACGCAGGUCAGUGUUCCCUUAAAGCUAUAUUUUAGUAUCGAAAAGAGGAUGAGACAUACUGAUUCACAAGAGGAUUUAGUACAACCAGAUGAAACACAUUUAGAGGGUGUUCCAAUCUUUAUUCAGCAUCCUAAACCACUAUAUUAUACAACGAAAAAUAAACCAGCUACGAUUGAAUGUGUCGCCGAACCAGUUUCACAUGCCGCUAUCAAAUGUGCUGAACAAACAAUACCAUACAAAGGUCCCGGUGAGUCCGGAAUAUUGGAGAUUCAAAGAUUGAACUCAGAUAAUUUACCAGAUCCAGAUGGUAAACGUUGGAAAUUACGCUUGGAAGUCAGAGCUAAAGAUGUGGAGGAAUGGUUCGACACAUAUGUUUGUCAUUGCGAAGCGUGGAACAAAGUAGUUAAACUACAAAGACCGAAAAAAGUUAUCAGCAAUACGACAGAAAUCAAAGAAGCAUAUUUAGAUGAAAAAUUCCAACUGGAACCGGUUUCUACAGAUUUAGCUGUCAGUAAACGUCUUGUACUAACGUGCCUACCACCUGAAGGAGAUCCUAAUCCUGAAGUUUAUUGGUUAAAAGAUGGAAAGCGUGUUGAUACUAAAUCGUUUCCACAUAUUGUAAUUAAUGACUAUAAUCACUUGAUCAUAGAGAAUACAACAACUGCAGAUAGUGGAAAUUAUACAUGUGUAGCAGCCUGUCUUAAUGGUGAGAAAAGACGUGCAGUUGCUCGAGUCAAUAUUUUCCCCUACAACUCUGCCAUGAAUCGACCGGUAGGUGGUGAUUUGACUAAUUGGGGUGAGUGGGGAACAUGCUAUAAAGUCAUAGCAGAAGGAAGCAAUGCUCGAACAGUUUGUCAACAAACCCGUUAUCGUAUAUGUGCCAAUCAAAUAACAUCAAAAAAUGAAUUUAAAUCAAUUGAUAUAAGUCAUCUAAUAACAGAUCAGUGUCCUUCGCCUUUAUUCCAAGCAAGAAAUUGCUCUUCCAGUCAGUGUAUCAAUUCCAUGAAUAACGUCGUUUUCAAGGGAAUUCACCUUUCAGAUAUAAAAUCACCAACUACUACAUCAAAAAUAUCAAGUUCACAAAUGUUUAAAACUGGAGAAAUCGCAAUUUAUGUUGGUUUAUUUUUGUCCUUAGCUGUGCUAUUAGCGGUUAUUGCUCUAAUAACGAGGCGGAAAAGCUUGAAAUUUUCUACUGCUCGGGCGAUUCGUUAUUCCGCUUGUCUUCAUAGUAAACGUUCAUGUCGACAAGAGAUAGUUAAUAAAAAAGCCCAAGACCUGCUAUUACCCGGUGACAUGUCACAAACUAUGAUUACAAUAAUGAAUCCAAGUGUGGCCGAUACACAUAACCAGGAAAUGAACAGAAUGAAACCAAGUUAUAAUAGUAACAAUAUAAAUAAUAAAACGUUUGGAGUAAAUGUAAUAAACGGUGCAAUUAAUGGUGUACUAUUUCAACACCAAUACAACACUACUCCAAUCAACAAUAUUCCUCUAAGUACAGCUGGACAGAGUUUGGUCUUUUCUAAUGGAACAUCUUUGGGGACCGCAACGUCAAUUUUAGCAAACUUACCACCACCACCUGCUCCCCCACCUCCUCCUCCGACUCCACCACCACCACUACCUCUAUCCUUACCACCGAUUCCAACUACAUCAAUCAAUUUCGAUAGUAGUCACGCAACAUCAGAUAUUUCUGGUUAUACUGGAUUUCCGAGUACUUUACCAAGUACACAACAUUUUAUGAAUUUGGCAUCUUGUCAAAUAAAUGGAUAUUUGACCUCUGACCCAUAUUUACAAACAAAUAUCGAGUUUACUAACCAAGUGGUGAAUUCAGGAACUGAACCCACAUAUGUUGAAUCAGAAGUUGGGCUAUCCAGAAUAGGUUGUGGACCACACUUCUCAACACCUUUAGCUGUUAGCAAUUUAGGUGGUCCAAUCGAGAGUUCUUCUGGUCCUUCCACAGCAAACACAGGCACAACUGUUACUGCAAUUGGAUCUUGCAAUGGAGGAAGUAGUAAUGGAUCAGUAGGAUUGCCUUUAAAUAGAUGUCUCACAAAUAAAAGUCCUAAUAACUAUAACAUAAAUUUUUUAAACGUGGAAAUUGAUGAGUGCAACGAGAAAUGUGAACCAGAAUCUGGGCUAUACCAUGAAUUAUCUUUAGACGCAGUUUCAUCUGAUCGAUCAAUUUUAUGUGAAAUUAAUGAUCCUCUAGAAUUGGAUACGACUAUUCGUAAAACUAUAUCAUGCGAUGGUGACCAAUUAGCUUUACCACAAUCAGGUAUUUUCUUGACCAUACCACAAGGUGCACUACAAUCGAAUUCACUCGUUGAAGUUUAUCUGGCAGUAUGUAGAGAAGAUAAACAUCGUCCUACAUUAGGUGAUCAUCAGACAUUACUAAGUCCCGUUAUUCAAUUCGGACCAGUGGGCUUAAAUCUGUUAAAACCUGUACUUUUAUCGUUUCCUCAUUGUGCUGAACUAAAUCAAAGUAAUUGGUUAAUACGAGUCUUGGCAUUAGGACCGAAUUUGAAUCGUUCACCUAACAAUCUGAAUACAUCAAAUAUAAACGGAUAUAAAUCAAACUACAGUGCAUUACAUACAAAUUUUGAUAAUUUUAUAUGGCAGGACGUGGGAAUAAUUGGUUAUGAAUCAAAUGUUACUAAAUUCAUUUGUCACCUUGAUUCAAAUAUGGCACAUCUGAUGACUGAUGUUGCACGGCGUUAUUGUCUAGUUGGUGAAACACAGAAACUUCUGGGCGGUAAUCGUUUAAUAUCAAAUCAUAAAAAUUUAAAUCAUACAGAAUUCCAAAAUUUUUCCAAUAGCGUAAAUACGAAUGGUUUGCAAAAUAUAAAUAUCACAAACUUUACUAAUAACAACAAUAUUAUGACAGAUGGUACACAGGAUAGUGGAUUAUUAUCUGACAUCCAGCCUGCAACAAAAAUUUUGAAAUUAGCUGCAUUUUCCGGACCACUAACACCAACAAUUGACUACAAUAUAAGAGUUUAUGUGCUAACAGAUACUAAAGAUGCAUUGGAACAUGUUUUAUACGUCGAGAAACGAUUAGAAGGAAGACUGUUAGAUGAUCCAAAGUCAUUAUUAUUCAAAGACAAUGGUGGAGGGUUGUGUUUUUGCAUUGAAGAUAUUUCUCCUGGAUGGAGAAGCCGAUUACAAACUAAAUCACAGGAAAUACCAUUCCGGCAUAUCUGGAAUGGUACACAAAUGUCUACGCUGCAUUGUGCAUUUUCACUAGAACAUUUGGAUUCGCGACAGCUAAAUGUGUCGUGCAAAAUUAAAGUUUAUCAAGAGAAUUCCCAAUUACAAGAGCAAAUUUUAAAAAUUUCAAACCAAAGAUUUGAGCUGAAAACCGAACAUUCAAGAACAAGAUUCUUCAAUUCCGAAGACCGUAGUUCAGAUAUUCGCUGCUUCCUUAGUUCGUAUCGACUUCCUGUAGUGACUACUCAAAGACUGUGUAAACUAUUGGAUACGAAAGAAGGUGAAUGGCAAAAACUAGCAAAACAUAUGGGAAUGCAGAGGUAUAUAUUUUAUUUGAAAUCACAGCCAAGUCCAACAACAGUUCUUCUAAAUAUGUGGGAAGCUUGUAAUCGUAAUGAACCAAGUGUGAAUGAAUUAAAAGCUAUAUUCACCGCCAUGGAUCGAGCAGAUUGCGCAAAUCUAUUAGACUGAGAUAUAAAUAAUCAAAAUAGUCGUCCUUAAUUUCAAAAAAUAUAUAACUUGAAAUAGAAAUAUAUAUAUAUAUAAUCACAAAUACAUACAUACAGCAAAUAGAUACAUGAACUUGAAGAGAUGAUACAUUUCCAAAAUACAUAUCUUUAAUUAUGAUUUUAUUAACUCCGGAGUCCUAGUGCAUUUAGAAUUAGUAAUGGGCUGCGUUCAAAUGUAUUACCUGGUACACAGUUAACAUAAUUUUCUGCAUCAAACAAAUAUAUAAUACAAAUAAUAUGAGUAACUUUUGCUAAAUUUCAGCAAGCUACUGACAAGUCUUUCUUUAUAUCCAAUGUUCACUGUAAACGAUUAAUUUCUACACUGAUCAGUACUGCCUAUGGAUUGUUCAUAACCGGUAAUAAAUUGGAAAAUACCAAAAUAUAAAUCAAAAGCAAUUCAGCCGAAAAAAAAUUAACAUCCAGAUAUACUAUAAUAUAAAAUGGAAACUCAGUGUUCAACCACUGACAAAUUAAAGAAAUUGCAUUUAAUUUUCACAACAAAUUGUGAUGUUGAUUAGAGUCUAUACCCCAUACACUUUGAAUAAAAGCAUAAAUAGUUAUACAAGUAUUCGGACUGGAAAAAAUUCAGUAAUCUCCUUGUAUUAUUACACGAAACAUUUUUUUAGUUCAACUAAGCACCGAGUUACAUUUUGCCAUGUACGCCCUUUUAAUUGCCCUCUUGUAAGUGGUUGCUAAUAUAAUAUAUAUGAUUUGUACAGAAAACAGUUUUGAAGUAAUGAAAUCAUCAUGAAUGCAUCAAUUGUGAAUAAAUGAGAAUUUAUA